GGAUACCUGUGGUUACGUAACCAGUGCAGCGCCGGUACAAAACUUUGACACGGUUAGGAAUCGAGGCAAAGUGUCAGCGGGGGCUUGUGGAACCAAUUGAUGUGUUGGUCAGCCAAUAGCGAGGCGGAUUUAGGGCACACAGCCAAUACCGAACCACAAAGCAUUUUCCCUGCCAAAGGCCUGAAGAAACUAUUCAAUAGGCAGCAAGUAUAUUUCUCUUCGCAGGCACAAAUUGAAUGCAUAGCUCCCCUUUUCCAGACUGUAGCAGAAACUCCACAGCCAGUACAAGCAGCAGUCUUAGGGACAAUACCUGCGUGGAUCAAUGGCAGUCUCUUACGGAAUGGGCCUGGACAGUUUGAAUUCGGAGAUGACAAAUACAAUCACUGGUUUGAUGGCAUGGCUCUUAUGCAUCAGUUCAAAAUUAAGAAUGGCUCGGUCACUUAUAUGAGCAAGUUCCUAGAAAGUGAUGUUUACAAUGUAAACAAGAGCAAAAAUCGAAUUGUAGUCUCUGAAUUUGGAACUUUGGCAUCUUCAGAUCCUUGCAAGUCUUUGUAUGAUCGCUUCAUGUCCAAGUUUAAAAUAGAUUCCACUGACAACUGUAGCGUCAAUUAUGUGCUGUAUAAGGGGGAUUAUUAUGUUAGCACUGAGACCAAUUUCAUGCGUAAGGUGGACCCAGAGACUCUGAGCACUUUAGAAAAGGUUGACUGGACAAAAUUUAUUGCUGUAAAUGGGGCAACGGCACAUCCUCAUUAUGACCCUGAUGGUACUGCAUAUAACAUGGGAAAUUCUUAUGGAAAGCAAGGAACACGUUACAACAUCAUUAAGGUACCUGUUCAAAAGUCAGGAACAGAGGAAAAUCUAGAAGGUGCACAAGUUAUAUGCUCCAUAUUACCACAAAACAAAGGGAAACCUUCCUACUAUCAUAGUUUUGGAAUGACUGAGAAUUAUGUGAUCUUUAUAGAGCUACCUCUGAAGUUAAACUUAUUGAAAAUACUCAUCAACCAAAUUAAAGGCAAAGCAUUUUCAGACAUCAUGAGCUGGGAGCCAGAUCUGCCAACUUUAUUCCAUGUGGUGAAUAAGCACACAGGAGAGCCACAUCCCGUGACUUUUUGUGCCCAGCCCUUCAUGUCAUUUCAUCAGAUAAAUGCCUAUGAGGAUCAAGACUGCAUCGUGCUUGACCUCUGUUCUAUGGAUGGAGGAGGAGCCAUAAACAUGUUCAGCCUACAAAAUCUUCGCAAAUCUGGACAAGCUUUGACUGAGAUCUAUCAAAAAGUUCCAAAGUCCUACCCACACAGGUUUGUUCUUCCCCUUAAUGCUGACACAAACAGUAAACAAGAAACUAAGUACUUAAAUUAUUCAAGUGCGACUGCUGUCAGAAAAGCUGAUGGAAAGGUGUGGUGUACUCAUGAAAAGCUACUUGAUGACACGCUUAAAUAUGGCAUAGAAUUUCCACAGAUAAACUAUUCUAAAUACAACACCAAAAAGUACCGCUACUAUUAUGCAUGUGGAUUUCAGCACCUCAUUGGAGAUUCUCUGGUCAAAGUGGACAUUGAGACUAAGCAAACUAAGGUUUGGAAAGAGGAAGGCUUUUACCCUUCAGAACCAAUUUUUGUGCCUUAUCCAGAUUCAGCUGAAGAGGACAAUGGAGUCAUUCUCUCUGCAGUCCUUACUCCUCAUCAGGAAAAAAACAUAUUCCUGCUUGUUUUGGAUGCCAAAGAUUUUGUUGAGAUUGGUAGAGCUGAAGUGCCUGUUAAGAUGCCUUAUGGCUUCCAUGGAAUUUUUUUGCCUCAGAACUCCAAAUAAAUAUAGAACUUGACUGAAAGGAAAUUACUGAAAUUAUAUAAAAUCAAUAGCCUUUGAUCAAAUUAACAAGCUUAUAUUAACAAGAACAAUGAGGGUUGUUGUACUGUUAGAACACAGUGCAAGUGGACAGUUGGCAAGCACCCUAAAAUUAUCUACUAGUGUCUAGCAUUGGUGACCUCAUUGUGCCUAUUACUGCGGAGUGCAAGGUGCAACAAGCUAAACACAAGAAUGCCCUGCACGUUGACCAGGGCUUCCUUUUCUCCUUACACCUGCCUGGUCUCUCUUUUUGAUAAACUGUGAACAUUGUAUAUCCUGUACCCUGUACAUCAUUUGCAUGUUACUCUUGGCAGGGAUAAUUAUCAUCAAAGCACUGUUUUCUGGAGGGAAAAAACAUGGUGGAUUGUACUGAAUUUUUGCAUAUAGCAAUUUAUAGUAAAUGAGACCUUGAUACCUUUAAAUUCCAUUAAAUUUAGAUUUGUCAUAUACA